ACACGACUGAUUGCCUUGUGUUUUCUGCAGCACACAGGAGGUCACCCAGACCCUCCGCUCCAGUCAAAGUCGAGCAGCAGGUCCAGCAUGCCGCGAUGUCGCAACUCCAUUGCCACCACCACCGAGGAUACUCCGCACAUUGGGAACUACCGGCUGCUCAAAACUAUUGGCAAAGGCAAUUUUGCCAAGGUCAAGCUGGCACGACACGUUCUCACUGGCAAGGAGGUUGCUGUUAAAAUAAUUGAUAAAACUCAGCUGAACUCUUCCAGUCUGCAAAAGGUAAGACCCAAGUUUCAUUUUCUAUCAGCUGGGGACAGGAGUGAGAGGGGUUUUUCAUCCUAUCUUUUGGUUUGGAGUCUGGUCUCUGCUUUGACCUACAGGGAAGUGCAGUGCAUGGAGUGA